CCACGCUUCACGCCUCACAACCACCACGCACUAUGGAGUUGGCCGCCGAACAAAAGGUGCCUAUACGGCUGAGCACACGCGAUCCUAGUAUCCAGAUCGCAGAAGAGACGGGUGUCUUACUCGUCCAAACCUCCCUCAAUCGCCUGAAGCUCUCGGCACUCGUCAACGACCUGCUGCACAAGGAUGAGCGCCGGAUUCCGUUCGAUAUCCUCAUCAAUGGCAAAUUCCUUCGCGCGACCAUCGACGAGUUCCUGACGCAGAAUGGGAUCUCGCCCGAGACGACGCUGGAUGUGGAGUACACGCGGGCGCUAGUGCCGCCGCUGAACGUCAGGAGCUUCGAGCAUGACGACUGGGUGUCCGCGGUGGACGUGCUGUCGCAAUCGUCGGCGGCUGGAGUAUGGUCAGGGGCCGUACAGAGUGGCCAGGAGCGGAUAUUAAGCGCAAGCUAUGAUGGCUUGCUACGGGUCUGGGACAUGUCAGAGAAUGUCUUGGCCACGUCGCAACCCCCCAACAAUGGAGGAAGGAUAACCAGCUUGAAGACGGCGAAGUGGAUAUGGGACAAAAAGAUCGUGGCUGCGGGGUUGGAUAGUACUGUGAGGGUCUUCAAGUACGACGACGACACGCGCACAAUUACCCAGGCUCUCGAGCUGUACAACCACCGCUGGGGCGUCGAAGAUAUCGCUGUCCACGGGCCUUCGAAUCGCAUUCUCUCCGCUUCUUCGGACACCACCAUUUCGCUCUUCUCGGCCAAUGCGAAGGACAACCCCGCGGCGCCCUCGAACCUGCUCCCGAACUCCACGGCGGCAUCGAACAAGCGCCUGAAGACGUCGAGAUCCGAGCGAACGGUUCCUGCGCGUGGCGCCUUGACUACGCUGACCGGCCACUCGUCCCCAGUCUCCAGCGUCAUCUUCAAGCCAGACGACGCUACGGUCGCUUAUUCCACAUCACACGACCAUACACUGAGGACAUGGGAUCUUCCUACGUCUACGUGCGUGGACACGCGAACAACGGGCCACUCGCUACUCUCCCUCGCGGCUAUGCCGAAAUUAAAUCUGCUGGCCACCGGAACGUCAGCAAGGCACAUCACGCUCAUCGAUCCGAGGGCUUCCGCAACCCAGAUCGCCGUCAUGACGCUCCGGGGCCACAAGAAUGCCGUCGUGUCGCUGGAUGUGGAUCCUAGCACCGAGUACAACCUCCUCUCCGGCUCACAUGACGGCACGGCGCAGAUCUGGGAUGUUCGGAAUGUGAGACCGUCAACAGUGGUAGGAGAAGGGCAAGCAGGGGAGAGUGUCUAUACGAUCUUCCGACAAGGCGCUCCGCAUUCGCACGGCCAUGGAGAGGGGCUGAAGGUCUUUAGCGUGCGGUGGGAUAGCGAGGUGGGGAUAUUGAGUGCUGGGGAGGAUAAGAGGGUGCAGAUCAAUCGGGCGAUAGGGGCGUAGUGAGAACCAGGGAGCCUGGAGUAGCUCAAGAGUUGAGAGAGUCUAGCUCGCUCAUCUUGGGAAUUGGGUAGAUAUUGAGGCUGUGGAAUGACAGCAUGGCUUUGGCGUUUGGGUGUGCGCUGGGUAGAUACCACUAGUCAUGGAAAAGUAUUGCAUCUUAU